AUGGGUUCUUCUGCUGAUGCCUUGGACCCUAUAGAGGCGACAAAUCUAAAAAGCGAUGAACUUUUCAUUCGGGAACACUUGCAACCAAGCAAUGGCUGGACUGACUGGGCCCACCCCAAUAGACAAUCAACAUACUCAAUUUCACUAACUUGGGUUCAAAAUUUGAAGUUGGAAGAUCUUAAAGCAUGCUUUGCUCUCAUUGAAGAGACGAGCAAGCCGCACUACAAGGCUUCGUCCAAGGGUUGGAAACCGAGGAGUAAAAUGAGCGAGAUGAAAUCACCGGAGCUGAGAUACGUAAUCGUUAGGGAUGCCGAGGGCGAGAUUCGUGGAUUUACCUCACUCAUGCCUACAUAUGAAGAGUUUCAGCCGGUUAUUUAUUGCUACGAAAUUCAUCUAAAGCCAGAAUUGAGAGGGACUGGACUCGGAAAACAUCUCAUGGGCUUUCUCGAAAGAAUCGCCAGACAUACACCAACGGUAGAGAAGGUCAUGUUGACAUGCUUUGUGCAAAACUCUGACGCCUUUGAAUUUUACAAGAAGCUUGGCUUCGAAGUUGAUGAGAUAUCUCCAAAACCAAGAGUAUUCCGUGAUGGUAGGGAGGUUGGCUCCGACUAUGUUAUCAUGAGCAAAUCGGUCACAUGA